ACAAUUUUAGAUUAUCAUGGAGAUUUUAAAAGGUGGAACUGAUAAUGGAUAAAUGACGGGUGAUCUAUACAAGCCUACCUUUUUGUUUGUUGGUUUGUUUGUUAGUUUGUUUACCAUUUUGUGUUGAUGAACCACCAUACUGUACUUGGCAGAACAACAAACACAUGCAGCAGGUCAUCCACGUGGCUCUCUGGAGAACCACAUUGCCCAAUGGCUUCAGCCUCGGUUUUAACUGUCUACCUGUCAGACAAUGCAUGCCCCACAUAAAGCUCUCCUGCAGUGAAGACGAAGCCAACUUGGAGCCCAGCCCUGCUGCCCUGGGGACAGAGGGAGGUGGAGCCGUCCGCCAGUUUAAAGGCCACCGUCCAGCACCUUCACAACCAGUACAGCUAACCUGUUGCACUGUAACCGUCAGAUAUCGUCGUAAGACGUAAUCCACCUGUGGCAAGAUGAGAGCCAUUGUGAUGCUGUGUUUGCUGGGAGUAGCUGUUGCUAAUGACCCUUACUACUCUUGGAAUGGACCAAAUGGAAAAGAGAGCACUGACCCUGCCACUGAAAAUGUCUGUCUCAUGGACACAGCAUCCUGUGGCUGCUGCCUGAUGCAGAAGCAGAUGUGGAGGAUGGAGACCUUCUUUAACAUGUCACUCAGUCAGUUGCAGCGUGACCUGGAGAGGGCUGAGGCUGCCCUCCACAACCUCCGCGCCAGCCGUAGUGCUUUCUCCGUGGCUCUGACAGACACCCGCCGCUGCUUGGGCCCCUUCCGCGAGGCCACCGCCAUCCGCUACGAGGUUGUCUUCCUCAACCUGGGUGCUGGCUACAACACCUCCACCGGCAUCUUCACCGCCCCGCGUGCCGGCGUCUACAGCCUGGCACUCACCGUCUACAGCGACGCCGGCUCACCGGGGGCCAUUCUGGCCGCCUGCGCCCGCCUCCGACGCAACGGCAGUGUGCUGGCCGCGCCGAGCGAGAACAACACGCAGGACCAGGAGGACAGCACCAGCGUGACGAUGGCCGUGCAGCUGAACGCCGGGGACAGGGUGGACGUGACGCUGCCCGCUGGCUGCUUUCUGUGCGACAGCAGCAGCCACUUCAACACCUUCACCGGCUUCCUGCUCUACGCCACCGACUGAGCCUGAAAUGUUGUGCUUUGUGUUCACUGUCCAUUCUGUGCUGUCCCUUCCUGCCCUUAUUGCUCUCUUCCCCCAUACGUCUUGUCCCUGCACCUCAUUCUAUGAUCAUAUAGAUUCUUUAGCUCUAAAACAAGUGACUCCUGCCUCAAGUCUGCUGGACAUGAAAAGCUUUACUGAAAUGCCUUUUCCGCUUACUUUGAGUCUCAUACAUUCGAUUCAUCAUUAUGCUUGAGAACUUGGCCUCAGUUCUGUCCACUUUUCAAUUUCCACUUGUCUGUACACGUGUACAUUGCUAUAUCAUUUUGUCAUGUGUCAUGAGAAGUGAUCACUGCAUUCAACGUAUGUGUUCAAAUGCUCAAAAUCUGUUUUAAUCCUGUUUA